ACUGUGCCCAGAUAUUACGAAAACAUGGAAGAUCUCCAGUUCCUUAUCAUCGGAGACCGUUCAGUACUAACCAAUCAUCAGGGCAACUUUUUAAACGACACUGGCCUGAACGAACUCUUCAAAUAUUAGUCAUGCGAUAUUCCAGCUUAUCACACGUGAAUAAGAUCCAUCCAACACCACGGCCAAAGCUUGUGUUUCUUAGAACCCAAAAUCCGAGGUUGAUAGCUAACAUAGCUGCCCGUACUUUAUCUAGGCUUUUGAAGUUGCGAUAUUUAGUGCUUGGAGGUGCUGUUGCUGGUGGAACAACAUUAAAAGUUAAAUAUGAAGCAUGGAAAGAGAAAUUUCCUGACUUGAGCUGGGUAGAUGAAUACAUGCCAGAUAACGAUUCCCUGAAAGGUGUUGUUGCUGGACUUAAUAAGUUCUUAAGUCACUUUGCACUACCAGAGAAAGGUUGGCUAAAACGUAAUGUCAACACUUUAAAGGACAUUGUAGCUGAUUCCAGUGAAGGUCUGUCUGUUCUAUCUCAGGGAGUCAGUGAAGGCAGAGGCUCUUUCCUCAAUGGAGCUCUGAAAAAAGGUGAAAUUCAACUGGCAUUAAAAGAAUCGGAGACAAGUUUCUCAAAGGGUGCAGCAACAAAAGAGAAAGAGAGAGAUAGGCUUGAAGAGCAGAAGGAGGAAUUUCUGGAAGCACAGCUUCGUUAUCAACGAGAGAUUGAGCGCUUAGAACGAGAAAACAAACAACUGAAGAAAGCUUUACUUUUGAGAGGUGAUAGGUCAUCAUUCUCAAGAAGAGAAAAAAAAUCUUUGAUUGAUAUGUACUCUGAGGUCCUUGAUGAGUUGUCUGGCUAUGAUAACUCUUACAACACACAAGAUCAUCUGCCAAGGGUGGUAGUCGUUGGUGAUCAGAGUGCUGGCAAGACUAGUGUCUUGGAAAUGGUUGCUCAGGCUAGAAUUUUUCCACGUGGAUCUGGUGAGAUGAUGACCCGAUCACCAGUAAAAGUAACUCUGAGUGAAGGUCCACAGCAUGUUGCCCAGUUUAAGGACAGUGAUAGGCAGUUUGAUCUCACUCAAGAGAAAGAAGUGGUAGUCGUUGGUGAUCAGAGUGCUGGCAAGACUAGUGUCUUGGAAAUGGUUGCUCAGGCUAGAAUUUUUCCACGGUGGUUUUAUUUUGAAUUUUGUGAAGGUAAUACAAACGAAAGUAUAGAAGAGAUUAAAAAAUAUGAACAGGAGUUCUUCCGUGGUUCAGAACUAUUUAGGUCCGGUAGCCUAAAACCAAGUCAGCUGACCACACAGAAUCUUAGCUUUGCAGUUUCUGACAUCUUCUGGAAGAUGGUACGUGGCUCAAUAGAACAGCAAGCCGAUACCUACAAAGCAAGCCGUUUUAAUUUAGAAACUGAAUGGAAAAACAACUUUCCCAGGCUAAGGGAACUUGAUAGGGAUGAAUUGUUUGAUAAAGCUCGGGGUGAAUUGCUAGAUGUUACCAUGGCAUUAGGAGAAAUAACACCAAAACUUUGGGAAGAUGCAAUUUCAAAGUUACUAUGGAAACAAGUGUCUGCUCACGUAUUUAAGAACAUUUACUUGCCUGCAGCUCAUUCAGAGGAUGCAGGAGCAUUCAACACACGUGUAGAUAUUGAGCUUAGAAAUUGGGCAGAGCAACAGCUAUCAAAGUUGAGUGUUGAGGUUGGUCUGCAAACACUUCAAGAUGAGUUUGGCGCCCUCAUUGACCAAGACAAGAAGAACAAGGAUCAUGAUGCAAUUUACGAUGACGUCAUCAGCUGUGUACAAAAAGAGAGUCUAAGUCGACAUAACUGGUUGCCUAGUAAUUCAGAAAAUUUACGAGUCAUUCAGUUCAACACGUUGGAGGAUCGUUCAGUGCAUGACAAGCAACAAUGGGAUGCUGCAGUCCAAUUUAUGGAGGGAAUAUUACAAGAAAAGAUGAAGGAAGUUGAUAAGAAAAUUAGUGAGCUGACUGGUCCAGGAACCACUGAAAAAUGGCUGUACUGGAAAUCACAAUCACAAGAACAGAUUGAUCGUGGUAAAACAAAAGAAGAGCUUGAGAAGAUUCUCCAAUCAGAUGAGAAGCACAAGAACAGUUUGAUGCCAGAUGAAGUGACAACUGUCCGACGUAACCUUUUCAUGAGAAAUGUUGAAGUUGAUGAUAAAUUUGUUCAAGAUACAUGGCAGCCAAUAUAUAGAAAACACUUUCUUCAAAGAUCAUUAGCACUUGCUCAAGAAUGCCGCAAGGGAUUCUACCAUUAUCAAAGGGGUUUUAAUGAUACAGGACCUAAGUGCCAUGAUAUUGUGUUAUUUUGGAGAAUUCAACGCAUGUUACAACUCACAAGCAAUGCCCUACGACAACAAAUUGUUAACACAGAAGUACGACGUUUAGAAAAAGAAGUUAAAGAAGUAUUAGAUGAUUUUAUGGAAGAUGAAAACAAAAAAAAGCAUUUACUCUAUGGAAGACGAGUAGAACUUGCGGAAGAACUGAAGAGAGUCCGAAGGAUUCAAGAAAAACUAGAGGAUUUCAUUGCAGCACUCAACAAAGAGAAAUAAAACAAAUUAAGAAUUGAAUGCCAUGGAUUGUUAAAAUAUGAGAGAUGGGGAAUGAAUCACAUCUGGUCCCAGAACUGUAUGUAAAUAUGGAGGAAAGAGAGAAUGCUGAGGAAAAGAGAGAAAAGAUUGGAAACAAUUGCUAUGAAUUAAGGAUUUCUAUAGAAAUAUGACAUUAUGGAAAGUUUGAUGUAUUCCACAAACAUAGUUUAUCAUUCAUCAAGAUAUGAAUGUUUGGACAAGAAUAGAUUGGUGUUGAACACCAACCAUUACAAAACCAGGGGUAUGAAAACAUUUAAAGGCUUGGAAAUAUUAUAAAAAUAUAGACAAAACUA